UCGGCUAGCACUGUGCCAGUCUAGCAUUAAAGCUCGGCGGAGAGGGGGGAAUAUGUGUGUGUGAAUUUCUGCAGGGAGGUUGUAACCCAUACCAAGGAAAACGUACGAUGGCAAGGCAAAAUAAAGGCGAAAUUAGAAGGGACUGUCUUCUAAACUGAAGGAAUGUUCAACCUCACAGCCCGCCUCCUGCAAAUAACCAUUACAAGUCUUUUGAAUGACAAUUGACAAUAAGGAACAUGCUUAAAUGCCAAUAUCAAUAUAUAAUCCUAAAGCAAGCAAGCAAGCGCGAGGCACAGUUAUUGGUGUGCUGGAGCUGAAUGAAUGAACCAGCGUUGCUUUGCCAAGAUUUUCCACGAAUUCUGAAGGAAUACAUUGUGCACGAACGUGCCGUGUUCCGUCCAUACCUGACAGCUAGCUGACUUACCGUGGGAUUCUGAGCACUUCGGUGUGGAAUUAACUAGGAAACGGGCAUUUUUUGGAGGAGAGGAAGAAAGCCGCACAACGUAAAUUGACUGAUUUAAGAAAGAAACGCAAGCCCAUCUUGAUGCUGAAUGAAUCAUGUGAAAACCUUGGGUUUGGGACCAGCAGCAGCCUUUGAGUAAUUUGUGGAACGUUUCUUUCUGUUUCUUUAAUUUUUUUGUUUUUGUUGCUUUUGUGUGGGCCUCUCAAGGCAUGGAGAACCACUCUUACAUGCAAAGGACUUUCCUAUGUUUCCCAAAAACCAGGGUGUGGCCCCUGAGGGUCUACUUGCUUGUUUCGUUAAUGCUCUCGUCGAAGUGUUGUAGCAGCCAAUCCAACUUCAUUAGCUUCCAUUCAGAAAAUAGGGACUGGGCAUUCAACCACCUAACAGUGCACCAGAAAACAGGCUCGCUGUAUAUUGGUGCUGUGAACCGGGUUUACAAGCUCUCGGGCAACCUGACCCUUCUGGUAUCCCACAACACGGGGCCAGAAGAUGACAACAAGUCCUGCUACCCUCCGUUGAUCGUGCAGCCCUGCACCGAGCCUCUGACGCCUACCAACAAUGUCAACAAGCUGCUCCUCAUCGACUACUCCCAGAACCGACUGCUGGCCUGUGGGAGCCUCUACCAAGGAGUGUGUAAGCUACUGCGCCUGGACGACCUCUUCAUCCUGGUGGAGCCCUCGCACAAGAAGGAGCACUACCUCUCCAGUGUGAAUGAGACCGGCACCAUGUAUGGGGUGAUCGUACCAUCGCAGGGCGAGGACGGCACGCUCUUCAUUGGCACAGCCGUAGAUGGGAAGCAAGACUACUUCCCCACCAUCUCCAGCCGCAAGCUGCCCAAGGAUCCUGAGUCAUCAGCCAUGCUGGACUAUGAGCUGCACAGCGACUUUGUGUCUUCCCUCAUCAAGAUCCCUUCUGAUACCUUGGCACUUGUCUCCCACUUUGACAUUUACUACGUGUAUGGAUUCGCCAGUGGCAACUUUGUCUACUUCCUCACUGUCCAACCCGAGACCCCCGAAAACAGCAUCUCCUCGGGGGGUUCCUCCAGCGACCUCUUCUACACCUCGCGCAUCGUACGCCUCUGCAAGGACGACCACAAGUUCCACUCUUACGUCUCACUUCCUAUGGGCUGCGUCCGUAAUGGGGUGGAGUACCGCCUCCUGCAGGCUGCCUACCUCUCAAAGCCUGGGGAGGUCUUGGCGGCCUCCCUCAACAUCUCCGCACAGGAUGAUGUGCUUUUUGCCGUCUUCUCCAAGGGGCAAAAGCAGUAUCGUCGACCGCCGGAUGACUCCGCACUCUGUGUCUUCACUAUCAUGGACAUCAAUGCCCGCAUCAAAGAGCGCCUUCAGUCCUGCUACCAGGGGGAGGGAAACUUGGAGCUUAACUGGCUGCUGGGCAAGGAUGUGCAGUGCACCAAGGCGCCUGUUCCCAUUGACGACACUUUCUGUGGCCUGGACAUCAACCAGCCGCUUGGAGGGUCUCGCCUGGUGUCCGGCCUCACGCUCUUCACCGAGAGCCGUGACCGCAUGACCUCGGUGGCCUCCUAUGUCUACAACGGCUACUGCGUGGCCUUCGUGGGCACCAAGAGUGGACGACUGAAGAAGAUCCGAGUGGACGGUCCUCCACAUGGCGGGGUGCAGUACGAGACCGUGUCCGUGAUCAAGGAUGGGAGCCCCAUCCUGCGGGACAUGGCCUUCUCAAUGGACCGGAAUUACCUUUACGUCAUGUCAGAGAGGCAGGUGACACGGGUCCCGAUCGAGUCAUGUGAACAGUACUCCACCUGUGGAGAGUGCCUGAGCUCUGGGGAUCCCCACUGCGGCUGGUGUGUGCUGCACAACAUGUGCUCAAGGAAGGAUCGUUGUGAACGUGCUGAGGAGCCCUUUCGCUUUGCCGCCACCAUCAGCCAGUGUGUAAAAGUCACAGUGCACCCCGACAGCAUUGCCGUCUCCGAGCACAGCGUGCCGCUGGUUGUGAGGGUGAGUGAUGUCCCUGAUCUCUCAGCUGGCAUCACCUGCUCUUUUGGGAACCUGACGGAGGUCGAAGGUCAAGUAAUCGGGAAUGAAAUACUAUGUGUGUCGCCCUCUUCCAAAGAUGUCCCCCUCAUACCCACUGACCAAGACUGGUUUGGAGUUGAGCUGCGAUUGAAUUCCCGAGAGACGGGCCAGAUGUUGACCAGCACCGAGUUCAAAUUCUACAACUGCAGCGUCCACCAGCUGUGCCUGUCCUGUGUGAACAGUGCCUUCCGCUGCCACUGGUGUAAAUACCGCAACCUGUGCACCCACGACCCCUCCAGCUGCUCUUUCCAAGAAGGUCGAGUCAACGCCUCUGAGGACUGCCCUCAGCUGGUCCGGUCGGAGGAGGUUCUCAUCCCAGUCGGAGAGGUGAAACCCAUCACUCUGAAGGCACGCAAUCUGCCCCAGCCCCAGUCGGGGCAACGGGGGUACGAGUGUGUGCUGCACAUCCAGGGCACCAGCCACCGCGUGCCUGCGCUGCGGUUCAACAGCUCCAGUGUGCAGUGCCAGAACAGCUCGUAUAUCUACGAGGGGAUGAAGAUCAGUGACCUGGCGGUGGACUUCUCCGUGGUCUGGAAUGGCAAUUUUAUCAUUGACAAUCCCGAGAAUAUUAAAGUGCACCUGUACAAGUGUGCCGCCCAGAGGGACAGCUGCGGGAUGUGUCUGAAGGCAGAGAGGAAGUUUGAGUGCGGCUGGUGUAGCGGAGAAGGCCGCUGUACCCUCCGCCAGCACUGCCUGCCACAUGCCAACCGGUGGCUGGACCUGUCCAGCAAGAAUGUGAAGUGCACCAAUCCCCGAAUCACUGAGGUGACCCCAGUGGCUGGGCCUCCAGAAGGGGGGACACGCGUGACGAUCCAUGGGGUGAACCUGGGGCUGGCCUUCUCGGAGAUCAAGGGGAACGUGCAGGUGGCUGGGGUGCCGUGCACUCCACAAGAGGAUGGCUACAUCAUUGCUGAGCAGAUCGUGUGCGAGAUGAACCAGACGUCUCCUGACACUGAGCCCGGCCCGGUCCAGCUGUGUAUUGGCGAGUGCAGGCCGGAGCUGAAGACCAAGUCCUCCCAGCUGUACUCCUUUGUGAUGCCGUCGGUGCAGGGGGUGUCGCCAAGCCGAGGGCCGGAGUCUGGGGGCACCAAGGUGACCAUCAUGGGAGAGAACCUGGGCGCAGGCAGCAGUGUGACUGUGCUCUUCGGGAACCAGACCUGCGAGUUCUAUGGGCGGACGAUGACAGAGAUCGUCUGCUACUCCGCACCCUCACUGACGGGCGUGAGCCCAGUGCAGAUCACAGUGGGUGUGGACCGAGCCCAAGUCAGAGAGAGCUUGCAGUUCGAGUACAUUGAAGACCCCACUGUACAACGCAUAGAGCCAGAAUGGAGCAUUGCCAGUGGUCACACUCCGCUGACUGUGAUUGGGACCAAUCUGGACGUGGUUCAGGAGCCCAGGAUCCGAGUGAAAUACAGCGGCCGGGAGUCUGUCAACGUGUGUAAAGUCCUGAACUCCACCACCAUGACCUGUCUGGCCCCCUCCCUCACCACAGAGUAUCGCCCAGGUCUUGAUGCAGUGGAGCGAGCCGACGAGUUUGGCUUCAUCUUCAACAAUGUCCAGGCACUCCUUAUCUACAAUAACACUAACUUCAUCUACUACCCUAACCCUUCCUUUGAGCCCCUCAGUGUCACUGGCAUCCUGGAGCAGAAGCCUGGCUCCCCCAUCAUCCUCAAGGGCAGGAAUCUGGUGCCACCAGCCUCAGGAGGUGCCAAGCUGAACUACACAGUGCUGAUCGGGGAGACGCCCUGCUCUGUCACCGUCUCCGAGACACAGCUCCUGUGUGAGCCGCCGAACCUCACGGGGCAGCACAAAGUGCUGGUCCAGGUGGGCGGCCUGCACGUCUCCCCCGGCUCCGUGCACGUGCUCUCGGACAGCCUUCUCACCUUGCCCGCCAUCGUCAGCAUCGCGGCUGGCGGGGGCCUGCUGCUCAUCAUCGUCAUCAUUGUCCUCAUCGCCUACAAACGCAAGUCCCGCGAGAACGACCUCACCCUCAAGAGGCUGCAGAUGCAGAUGGACAACCUGGAGUCCCGUGUGGCCCUGGAGUGCAAAGAAGCCUUUGCUGAGCUGCAGACAGACAUCAAUGAGCUGACCAGUGACCUAGACCGAGCAGGCAUUCCCUACCUGGACUACCGCACCUACGCCAUGCGUGUACUGUUCCCUGGCAUCGAAGACCACCCUGUGUUGAGAGAGCUUGAGGUCCCAGGGAAUGGGCAGCUGAGCGUGGAGAAAGCUCUGAAGAUGUUCGCCCAGCUCAUCAACAACAAGGUCUUCCUGCUGACCUUCAUCCGCACGCUGGAGUUGCAGCGCAGCUUCUCCAUGCGGGACCGCGGCAACGUGGCCUCGCUCAUCAUGACCGCCCUGCAGGGCAAGCUGGAGUACGCCACAGACGUCCUCAAGCACCUGCUCUCGGACCUCAUCGACAAGAACCUGGAGAGCAAGAACCACCCCAAGCUGCUGCUGCGCAGGACGGAGUCUGUAGCUGAGAAGAUGCUGACCAAUUGGUUUGCCUUCUUGCUUCAUAAAUUCCUCAAGGAGUGUGCCGGGGAGCCUCUCUUCAUGCUGUACUGCGCCAUCAAACAGCAGAUGGAGAAAGGGCCGAUCGACGCCAUCACUGGAGAGGCCCGCUACUCUCUGAGUGAGGACAAGCUCAUCCGCCAGCAGAUUGAGUACAAGACCCUGAUACUGAACUGUGUGAACCCCGACAAUGAAAACAGCCCCGAGAUCCCAGUGAAGGUCCUGAACUGCGAUACCAUCACGCAGGUGAAGGAGAAGAUCCUGGAUGCUGUCUACAAGAACAUGCCUUACUCACAGAGGCCCCGUGCUGUGGACAUGGAUCUCGAAUGGCGUCAAGGCAGGAUGGCGCGGGUGGUACUUCAGGAUGAAGAUAUCACCACCAAGAUCGAGAACGACUGGAAACGGCUCAACACCCUCAUGCACUAUCAGGUGUCGGACCGCUGCGUGGUGGCACUGGUCCCCAAACAGACAUCAUCUUACAACAUCCCCCCCUCAGCAAGCAUAUCCCGGACCUCCAUCAGCCGAUACGACUCCACCUUCCGGUACACGGGCAGCCCUGACAGCCUGCGCUCCCGAGCCCCCAUGAUCACCCCCGACCUGGAGAGCGGGGUGAAGGUGUGGCACCUGGUGAAGAAUCAUGAGCACGGGGACCAGAAAGAGGGCGACCGGGGCAGUAAGAUGGUCUCUGAGAUCUACCUGACACGCCUGCUCGCCACCAAGGGCACGCUGCAGAAGUUUGUGGACGAUCUGUUUGAGACGCUGUUCAGCACAGUGCACCGAGGCAGUGCCCUUCCCCUUGCCAUCAAAUAUAUGUUCGACUUCCUGGAUGAGCAGGCAGACAAGCACAGCAUUCAUGACACAGACGUCAGGCACACAUGGAAGAGUAACUGCCUACCCCUGAGGUUCUGGGUGAAUGUGAUCAAGAACCCGCAGUUUGUCUUCGACAUCCACAAGAGCAGCAUCACGGACGCCUGCCUCUCAGUCGUGGCACAGACCUUCAUGGACUCCUGUUCCACGUCAGAGCACCGGCUGGGCAAAGACUCCCCUUCCAAUAAGCUACUCUACGCCAAGGACAUCCCCAACUACAAAAGCUGGGUGGAAAGGUACUAUGCCGAUAUAAGCCGGCUCCCUGCCAUCAGUGAUCAGGACAUGAACGCCUACCUGGCCGAGCAAGCACGCCUGCACUCCAACGAGUUCAACAUGCUAAGUGCACUCAACGAAAUCUACUCCUACGUCAGCAAAUACAGCGAAGAGAUCACAGCCGCACUGGAGCAGGAUGAACAAGCCCGGAAGCAGCGACUGGCCUUUAAGGUGGAGCAGCUGAUAGGUGCCAUGUCUCUGGAGAGCUGAGACCGAAAGACACCAGGCUCUCCCCCCACCGAUCAGAACUGCUGAAGUCAUGGGACACGCUGCUGGGAGGAACUGCACAGAAAAGAAAAGUGUGCUGUUUAUUUGGUUUGUCAGUUUGAAUUUUUAAUUUAUUUUGAAAUUACUAAUAAAAUAAGAAAGUAAAAUGCCAAUCCACACUGCUCCAGGAUUCCCACGGGCCAUGGAUGUUGUGGCCGGAGAUAUGAGGAUAAGAGUGGAGAAUUCAGGAGGUGUCAUGACUUCCCAUCUUCUCUGGAUUGCUUGCGUUGUAUUGACAGUUGUCCCAUGGCAGACCUGGGAUAAGCAGUGUGCUGCAGCCAUGAUGGGACUCUGUUGUGUGGAGAGAGGAUCUGCAGGCACUUAGAAGAGGAGUGGAGUCCCAGGAAACUGGAGGCACAAAGGAGAGGAAUUCCACCCUCUGCUUGUUUUGCAUGGAAGCCCAGAGUUGUAUAUGCUGAAGCUGGAUGUGCUCUUGAAUCAUCCUUUAUUUUUUUAUGUGUUUGUUACAUUUUGGUUUCACUUUUGGACAAGGACAGCUUUUCUAUUUUUUUAAGUCCUCAUCAUGUGGUUUAUUGUGAGUUUCUUUUAUUAUUAAAGGAAAGUAAGGACUGGUACUUCUCCUGUUUUGCUCCGAAGGACACGACGUCUUGUGAGCUGCUACCACAAGUUUGCACUUAAAAAAACAACAAACUCCAAACUUCUCCUUGAGGGAGGAGAAAAUCCAAAACCAGAGCUGUAGAAACAAAACAUUAAACAUGUUCGUAGACAGGUGGAGGUGAUGCCUUCUUUUCUCUACGCACACACACACAAGCUCCUCACAGACAGUGUUUGUACAGACGCUCUGCUCCAGGGCUGUCCUGGGUGCUCAUGGGUAAAGCUGGAACACCAGGGACCUUCUGGUUUUACAGACUCCUUAAAAAAUGACUUGUCUCUUCAGAAGUGCGACUUCCAACAUUUUCCUGUUUGUCUUUUCUUUUUUAUUAUUAUUGUGGGUGUGAGUAUGUAUAUAGAUAUACAUAUAAAUAUAUAUAAAAGUUUCUACUUUAUUUUUUCCUUCGCAGAGCUCUUGAAGGAGCUCAGUAGUCCAGUGGGCUUCAAAGUUUCACUUUCUGCAGGGUGGGUGCUGCAGUCAUGAGACCCACAUUUGUGAUUUGGUUUUCAGAUAAAGUUGUUCAAUUUGUUUAA